AAGAAGCCAUCAUGAUCCAACGGCCACAAUCCCAUCGCACAAACUCGAACACCCAAAACCCUUCUCUCACACUCCGCACCGCCCGAUAAUCCCCGUCUCGAAACCACGCUUCCCCUCGUAAAAGAAAAGAAAAAGAGAAGGAAAGGAAAACAGAUCCUUCGAGGGAGAAAGGAAGAAGAAAAACAGAGUGAAAUAAAAGAGAAAAAUGGCGGAGCACUUGGCGUCGAUAUUUGGUACGGAAAAAGAUAGGGUGAACUGCCCGUUCUAUUUCAAGAUAGGCGCGUGUCGUCACGGAGACCGGUGCUCGCGUCUCCACACCAAGCCCAGCAUUAGCCCGACUCUUCUUCUCUCCAACAUGUACCAACGGCCCGACAUGAUCACCCCCGGCGUCGACGCCCAGGGUAACCCCAUCGACCCCCGCAAGAUCCAGGAGCAUUUCGAGGGUUUUUAUGAGGAUUUAUUUGAGGAACUGAGCAAGUAUGGUGAACUUGAGAGUCUGAAUAUAUGUGACAACUUGGCUGAUCAUAUGGUGGGCAAUGUGUAUGUCCAGUUUAAAGAGGAAGAACAUGCUGCAAAUGCACUUAGGAACCUUAGCGGAAGAUUUUAUGCUGCUCGUCCUAUCAUUGUGGACUUCUCACCUGUGACAGACUUCCGUGAAGCCACCUGUAGGCAGUAUGAUGAGAACACUUGCAACCGUGGUGGAUACUGUAAUUUUAUGCACCUUAAAAGAAUCAGCAGGGAGUUGAAGCGCCAAUUAUUUGGGAGGUAUAGAAGGAGGCGAAGUCAUAGCCGAAGCAGAAGCCCUCAAAGGCAUCGUAGUAGUCAUGAGGAGCGCUCUCAUGGUGGGCGUGGACACAGUAGACGGUAUGAUGAUAGGGAUCGUUAUCAUGAAAACCGGAGCAGAAGGCAUAGAAGUACAAGUCCUGGCCAUAGGAGAGGACGGAGCAGAAGCCCUGGGGGAAAGAGGAAUCGUAGCCCAGUCCGUGAAGGCAGUGAGGAGAGACGUGCUAAAAUUGAGCAAUGGAACCGUGAAAGGGAACAAGAAGAAAAUGCUAACAAAGUUGAUAAUAAUGCUGCCGAUAAUAACAAUGAGAAUGGUAACAAUGGAUAUGUGCAGAAUGAUGACAAGAACUAUCAGCACCAGCAGGAGUAGCCUCAGUAGGGGGGCCAUUGAUCCUUGAUUAAAUCACUCUGUCUGGUUCAGGUAAUCCUGCUUCUUGGGACCGAGCCAUUAUUUUAAUUGCAGCUUAUCAUGGAAUUUGUGUACAGGUUCUCAGUUCGGCACCAGAGAAAAUGGUUUAAAGGAUCUCUCAGAUUUGUAACUUAAACAAGAAAGCACCUGCAGCAUGCAGCGUUUUAUCAACUCUCCUGCAAGUUAUAGGUGAUCUGAUUGUGUCUUAUCGACUAGCUGGGAGUGGUAUUAGCGAGGUUCUGCCCUGCUGGACUAUCGAUUUGUUAUUUAGUUCUUAAUUUGACAGGGUUGGUUUUGUUGGAUCAUCAGAAUCAUUUUUUGUGUUAAAGACUUUGAAUAAUCUCCUUGCCUUUGAUUUGAUACUUAAUUCGUAGGUAUUAAAUUUACAAUCUUGCCUUUGAUUUGA